CAGCAGACAUUCAUCUCACACAUUGAUCCUCUUUCAGAUCCCUCCAUCCUCUUCUUCACCCCAUCCUCAAUCCAAUGACCACACAAACCCCAUCCACAUGGCAAUGGAUCCAAGGCCUACUGGAACCCGGCCAGAUUCUAUCCAUGGCCAUGAAAAGCUAUCUGCACGUUUGCAUUGAGGCAAUCGUCCGCGACGGCCACAUCCUCGCUCCCAUCCUCGAUACCCAGCGGCUGCGCAACGAAGCCUUUGGUCGAUUCUGGCUGGCUUUUAGCGCACCUCCAUCCCAGAUCCCCCCUGCUCAACAACCAGUACAACAGCAGCCACAGCAGCCACAGCAGGUCCCACCAAGAAUUACCGGCUCCGCAGACCUCAUCCCCCCCCUCCUCGCCACCGCCACCGGCCUCACCCUCGACAUCGGCCCCGGCACCGGCACGCAGAUACCCCACCUGCGCUCCCCAGCUAUCACCGCCCUGUACGGGGUGGAACCCUGUCACCCUCUGCACGAUGCGUUGCGCGCCCGCGCUACAGCGGAGGGGGUGGGCGAGAAGUACACGGUUCUGGGGUGCAGCGUCGCUCCGGCGCAGCUUCUGCCCGCCCUCGAGCAGGCUGGUCUAUCGACAGCCGGGGACGGGGUGUUUGAUACGAUUCUCUGUGUCCGGGUGCUGUGUUCGGUACCGGAUCUGGAGGGGACGGUGCAGGGGCUGUAUCGUUUACUCAAGCCCGGGGGCAGGGUGAUUGUGGUAGAGCAUGUGGUGAGUGCGUGGUCGCGAGGAAAGGGGUCGCUGGUGGCCCGGGUGAUGCAGGGGGUUUAUGAGAUGUUGGGGUGGAGGUGGUUUGUGGGGGAUUGUUGUUUGACUCGGGACACGGAGAAGGUGUUGCGGAUGGCGGCAAGAGAGGAUGGUGGGUGGGAGAGGGUCGAGUUGGAGAGGUAUUUUGCGGAUGGGGUAUUGCCGUAUGUGGCCGGGGUUUUGGUGAAGAAGGGGGGGGAGACGAGGGAGGUUGGAGUGGAACAGGAGGGGGUGUUGCGACGGAGGUAA